CCCUCGAGAAAGUGCGAUCCCUCCCCAGGAAAGAACCAGGGCUAUUUUUGUUCCAAAAGCAUCCAUUCUGGGCGCCCUCUUCAGCACUUGGCACGUGGUGAAUAAAUCAAUCAGGCUGAAAGAAAGGAGCCGGCCCAAGUGCAGAGUGAUGAAUGAACCUCAGAGGAAGAAACCCGCGUUCACCAGGCCCCGGGCUUGGGCCAGGCGCUGUCCUGGCGGCGUCAGGGUGGACAUCGUCCCGGGAGCUCGGACCCGGCAGCUGUGCCCCGCGCCCUGCCUGUCCAGCGGCCCGCAGGCCCAGCCCUCACGCGCCCAGCCUCCGCGGCCUUUGUGGCGUCACAACCAGCCUGAAGAAUGGUUGCCUUGGAGACGUAAACCCAAGAGCCCUGCUCCUGGAGCUGAGAACUGCAGCGCGGAGGCUUCGGAGUGAGCCCGGGCAGUUGGGGCCGAGGCAGCUCCUCCUGACUGUGACUUUGGACACCUCGCUGAAUCUCUGCUUCCUCCCCUGCAAAAAUGAAAAUUCAUUCAACGGAUGAAGUUAAGGCGUGCCAAGGGUGAGGAUCUCCUUUAGAAGAGGAGAAGCCUUGCAUCAACCUCUUGGGCCUCAGCCAAGAUGUCUGAGACACUGUCCAAUAUAGUCUCCAAGAACAUGACCAAUGACAGGACCCCAUCACGUUGGAUUGGAGGCCCACCCUGCUCCAGAAUGGCCUCAGCUUAGUGAAUUACAGCUGCAAAGACCUUAUUUCCAAACAAGGUCACAUUCUGAGACAGUGGGGGUUGGGACUUCAACAUAUGAAUUGGGAUGACACAAUUCAACCCACAACAGACCAUGAGGAAGGUGUCACCGUGAAGAGAACAGCCUGGAAUCCAUGAACAUCAGCUCUUCCUCAAGCGCUGAAGAGAACCCAAAGAAACAGGCAAAAAAACCCAAAGAGCGUGGUCCUGACCCUUCGGCGAAUCCUUUCCACUUGUCUGGGGAUGUGGAUUUCUUCUUGCUCAGAGAUCAGGAGCGGAAUAAGGCUCUCUCCGAGCGGCAGCAGCAGAAGACGAUGCGAGUGCACGAGAAGAUGACCUACUCCUCCAAAGUGUUGGCUAAGCACACCAGCUUGCGACGGCAGCUGCAGCUGGAGGAUAAGCAGGAGGACCUGGAGGCGCGCACCGAGGCAGACCAUCUGCGCGCCUUCCGCGACUACAAUACAUGGAAGCUCACCUUGACCAAAGCAGAAAAGAAUGUGGAGCCUGAGAACAUGAGUGGCUACCUUAAGCAGAAGCGGCAAAUGUUCCUCCUCCAGUAUACCCUGGAUUGCAAACGGAGAGAGAUCCAGCGGCUGGAGACGCUGGCGACCAAAGAGGAGGCCAGGCUGCAGCAGGCCGAGAAGUCCCUGGCGAAGGAUGCCGCCUUGUUCGACGAGUUCCUCAGGGAGAACGACUGCAGCUCCGUGCAGGCCAUGAAAGCGGCUGAGAAGGAGACCAAAGCCAAGAUAGAGAAGAUCCUUGAAAUCCGGGACCUCACCACCCAGAUUGUUAAUAUCAAAAGUGAGAUCUCCAGAUUUGAAGACACUCUGCAGCAUUACAAGGUCUACAAGGAUUUCCUAUACAAGCUGUCGCCCAAGGAGUGGCUUGAAGAACAGGAAAAGAAACACUUGUUUCUCAAAAACGCCAAGGAGAUCUCCGAGGCUUCCAAAGACGGCAGUGUUAACUCCACACCAGGGGACAAAGGACCAGGGAUCAAGGGCAAGGCGAGCUCUGUGUGGGCCAAAGAGGGUCAGGGCACAAAGAAGCCCUGGAGGUUUCUGCGGCUGGGGCGGAGCCUGUCUUAUCUGAGCAGCCCCCAGCAAGGCAGCCAGCCCAGCGAGUCUAGCGGUGGCAACUCCAGAGGGUCGAACUCUCCCAUCCCCCUCACGCAGGAGGACACCGACAGCGAUGGGGAGGAACCACAGCUGUACUUCACGGAGCCCCAGCAGCUCCUGGAUGUCUUCCGAGAGCUGGAGGAGCAGAACCUGUCGCUGAUCCAGAACAGGCAGGAGAUGGAGGAGACCCUGGAGGAGCUGAGCCGCACCCUGAAACACACACAGAUCCGCAUGGACAGGGAGGUCAACCAGCUGAAGCAGUGGGUCAGCACGAUGAUGAUGUCCAUCACCAAGGAGGAGGACACAGCAGCUGAGCUGGAGCUCAAAGCCCGAGUCUUCCACUUCGGCGAGUACAAGGGUGAUCAGCAGGAUAAGCUGCUAGAGAGCCUGAACUGGAAGGUGCUGGACGUGUAUCGGAACUGCAUCGGCACCCAGCAGGAGGCCAACCUGGGCACCGUGCAGAUGCUGACCAUCAUUGAGCACCAGCUGGAUGAGCUGCUAGAGAACCUGGAGCGCGUGCCCCAGGUCAAGAUCGAGCAGGCCGAGAGGGCAAAGGAGAAGGAGCGGCGCAUCAGACUUCGAGAAGAGAAGCUCCAGAUGCAAAAGAUCCUACAGGAGGAGCGUCUGCAGCGGGCCCGGGCGCGUGCCCAGGCUGAGAUCAAGAAGAAGAGAGGCAGGACAUUGGUAUGCCGCUCACAACCCCCAGUCCACAGGAUCAAACAAGAGUCUGAGCACACACUGAUGGACAAGGAGAAGGAGGAGCUGCUAUUUUUCUUUACGUAAUCUUCGCAGACCAUAGCUGUUCUAGCUGAAGGCUUAGCAAAGAUGUUGGCAGAGUCUGGGCUGGGUCUUGAAUGGCCCAACUGAGUCUUCUCUGCCUCCUGUGUGCUCCCUUCCUCACCUGAAUAAAUUCAUGUCUUUUUGGAGUC